AUGCGGAGCGCGGACUGGCACGGAGCAAGAUCUAGUCCUACUCUGAUACCAUCUACGAAGUUUGGAUCAAAUUUGACAGAAGAAGAUCAAGAAAUCAAAGAGAAUUUAAGAACGCCUAAACGUCAGCUGAACUUUGUUCAGAGAGUUGGAUUAACAUCUAACCAGUUUCAAGUGGGUGAAGUUGUUGUCAGGCUUGUUGAUUUUCUGCUUGAAGGUUCAGCUGACCCUUUGAAGGAUUACGUCAAGGAGGACUUGAUAAUCAUUAUAUCCUUCUUGAUGGAUCCAGAAGUGAAGAGAAUAUCAGAUGCUGGGGAUGGACUUUGCAGACUAAUUAGUGCCAUCAAUUGGUGCCUUCCUAUUGACGGAUUAAACUUCAUUUUUCCAAGGACUAAUGGUAUGGGAUUUGUCAAUUUAUUCAAGGAGAGGUUAAAAGAUUUGAUAGAGUAUCAACUUGAUAAUAUAGCUUUUGCAAAGCAUCAAGUUGUUAGGGUCCAUGAUGAGUUUGUCUCCCUUGAACCAUACCUCAAAGGCGUUAUGGAGUUGCAAAAGGAAAGGGAUGAAGUGGACCUGAAAGACCUUUGGAGACGAAUUAUGAAUUUGGUUUUCCUAGCAGACCAUGUCACUGGUGUCCGUGCUCGCCAAAAUGACGCCGGAUUAACUGAUUAUGAGUUGGCUGACAAACUAAGGAGAUGCUUGAAGCAGCAAAGGCUGCAUCGACUUAGGCAACUUUCUGAUGACGAGAGUUGGAAAAUAUUGAAAGUGAAGCUGUCCCAAAUACAUAAUCUCCCUCUUGAUGAUGAACGAUCAGAAAUAGGUGAACAGAUUGCCAAAAACUGUAAAGGGUUACCUCUAUCAGUGGUCUUGGUUGCAGGAAUUCGUAAUUCCAAGAACCUUUUGGCUGCUGAAGAAGUUGAGGCAGAUUUUAGGUACCUGACUCAGCUUGAAUCGCUGAAUUUAUCACGUACAGGAUACGGCAGUGAUUGUUUGCCUAGUUUCCCCACAAGUCUCAGAAAAUUGACUCUGAAAGACUUGAAGUUGCCAUGGAGUGUAAUUUCAAUAACUGGGAAGUUGCCUAAUCUGGAGGUGCUCAAGUUAAGAAGGAAUGCAUUCUCAGGAAGAAGAUGGGAGGUGGAAGACCGUGAAUUCAAGAAGCUCAAGUGCUUGGAAAUCUUUAAGUUGGACAUUGAAGAACGGGCUGUCCAAGAGGAGCCAUUCCCCAGCCUCGAACGACUUCGAGUGGAAGAUUGUAACGAACUUGGUGAGAUUCCAUCCGGGUUGGGAUACAUUCCUACCUUGAAAAAGAUAGAGAUGCAUUGGUCUUCUUCCAAAGCCGCGACAUCGGCCAACAAAAUUCUCCAGGAACAACAAGAAAUGGGAAAUGAGGUCCUGGAAGUUGUUUUUAGAAAUUCUCUUGACAAGAUGAUUUUAUGGUUAAUCCUCUUUGGUCCAUUUCAGACUUCAACAAUUGGGACUGGAUCAAGCUCUUUCAUGUUCCAAUACACUUUUUCCAAGUUUCAACUCAGUUUUGUUGAGAAAACUAAGGUUGCUCUGUGUCUCAGUAGAGAAUGA